CGUUCGUUGAAAGAAAAACCAGCGCGAUUUAUUUUAGUUUUAAGGUUAUAAACAGAAAAUAAUAUUUUAUGUGAGAAAGAUAAUAAUGAGUUCCCAAAUUCUUUUUGCAUUUGUAUAAAUGGAUAGUAAUUCAUCAGAUUCUAGUGACAGUUUUACAUGGACAAAAGUUCCUCGUAUCGAUAAUGAGAGUGAUAGUGACGACAUAACAAAUAUGAAACUUCACAAUGGUCAUGGUAAUGUUUCCCCAAAGAAAAAUCACUUACAGAGUCAUUCAGAGUCAGAGGGGAUGGAGGAGUCUAUUAUCGAGCCAAUCAAGUCGAAAAAAAGAAAAGAUAGUGUGCUAAAUAAAUCCACAAGUAAAUCGCCAAUUAAAAUGGAUGUAAGCAAUAAUAUAUCAAAAACAAAAGAUAGUGAAAGUGAUAGCAGUUCUGAUGAUGCAAAUACAUCAAAAUGUAUCAAACCUAAAAAGGUAGUAGGUAAAAGAAUCACAGAUAGAAUAUUGUUUGAACAAGAUGAUUCAGAUAAUUCAACUGACAAACUUAAUGUAUCAUCAAGAAUAAAACUAUUACAAAAAGAAAAUAGCAAUUUACAACCAGUCAUCAAUAAAUCUUCCAAUGAAAAUGUCAUUACAGAUGAUGACGAAAUCUGGAUACUGAAAUGUCCUUCUGAUAUUAAUAUAAAAAAUUUAAAAGAUAGUGAGUUUAAUAUGGAUAAGAAAUGUAAGUUUAAAAUGAAUGGUGAAACUUAUCAUGGAUCUGUUGAGUACAAUGUAAAAAAGAUGACUGUAACGUCUUUUGAACAAGAUCAAUGUGUUAUAAGGAAUGUACCACUGAAUGGAGUUGUUUAUUUAAAGAAAAGGAUUCCAAAGCAAUUUGUCCAGGAUGAAUGUUUGCUUUUACAGAGUCAAAAUCAAUGUAUUCCUUUGCCUGAAACUAAAUGUCGACACCCAUUAUUUGGAGCGCAUUAUAAGAAAGCAAUUAAAGUACCAAAAAAAAUAGCUGAAAAGCUUAAGGAGGAUCAGAAUGGAGAUUUAUCUCCUGAGCAACAUACAAAAGUAAAGAAGAAAAAGAAAAAGAGAUUGAGAGAGUCUCUUGAAGAUGUUGAAACUGAUCAUGACUUGCCUCAAGUAAAUGGUGUUAUAGAAAGUCCUGUGAAAAAGGAUAAGAAUAAAAAACACGAUGACACAAUAGAAACUCCUAUCAAAAAGGCUAAGAAGAGAAAACAUGAAGAAUAUGCAGAUAGCACAGAAAGUCCAGUCAAGAAAGAUAAAAGAAUAAAACAGGAAGACACAAUAGAAAUUCCCGUAGAAAGGGCAAAGAAAAAGAGACAUGACGAUUCAUUAGAAGUUCCUGUCAAAAGGGCAAAGAAAAGAAAACAUGAUGAUUCUAUAGAAGUUCCUGUCAAAAAAGCAAAGAAGAAGAAACAUAACGAAUCCAGUGAAGUCUGGGACUCAGAGAAAGCAAUUGAAGAAAAUCUUUUUAAUUAUUAAGUAUGGUAAUGACAAAUAAAUACAAAAUGUACAGACUUAUGUAUAAAUGGAAGUAUUGAUUAAACUGUUUCUUUUG